UGGCUCUACCGGUGCCAUACUGGUGUCCCCGUGGGGCUGACAGCUCCUCCCCCCCCAGGGCUGUCCCCCACCUUGGCCAUCCACGUGUACACAGCGCGGGAGGUGUACGGCACCGUGGGCUCCCACGUCACCCUCUCGUGCAGCUUCUGGUCCAGCGAAUGGAUCUCAGAGGACAUCUCCAUCACCUGGCACUUCCAGGCUGAGGGCAGCCGUGACAGCAUCUCCAUAUUCCACUACGCCAAAGGCCAACCCUACAUCGAUGACGUGGGUUCCUUCAAGGAACGCAUGGAGUGGGUGGGAAACCCCCGGCGCAAGGAUGGAUCCAUCGUCAUCCACAACCUGGACUACACCGACAACGGGACCUUCACCUGCGAUGUCAAAAACCCCCCUGACAUCGUGGGGAAAUCCUCCCAGGUCACCCUUUAUGUCUUAGAGAAAGGUACGGCCAUCCACGUCCCCAUUCCCACCCCCAUAUUGCUGCCCCACCCCGAUAUCAUU